AUGCUUUCAAUACCCUUUUUAUCAUCUCCCAUAAGGGGCAGUGCUGUGACGUUAAUAUCCGCCUUGUCGGUGCUGUUGAGCUCAACCUUCGUGUCGGCCAGCUCGGCAGCGGACUAUUAUGUGCACAAUUUACCAGGGGCACCUGAGGGCCCCUUUCUGAAGAUGCAUGCUGGACACAUCGAGGUCGAUCCCGAAACAAACGGCAACCUGUUCUUCUGGCAUUUUCAGAACCGCCACAUCGCAAACCGUCAGCGCACAGUGAUAUGGUUGAAUGGCGGUCCAGGAUGUAGCUCAAUGGAUGGUGCAUUGAUGGAAGUUGGGCCCUAUCGACUCAAUGACGACCAGACGCUGAGAUAUAACGAAGGCCGGUGGGAUGAGUUUGCCAACUUGCUCUUCGUCGAUUCGCCUGUCGGGACGGGGUUCAGCUAUGCCAACACCGAUAGCUAUGUCCAUGAGUUGGACGAGAUGGCUGCUCAUUUUGUCACCUUCUUGGAGACUUUCUUUGACCUAUUUCCUGAGUACGAGUCUGAUGACCUCUACAUCGCAGGCGAAUCUUAUGCUGGUCAGCAUAUCCCAUAUAUUGCAAAGGCCAUCCAGGAUCGCAACGAGGCUCGUGCAGCGAAUGGCGGCACAAAGUGGCCUGUAAAAGGUCUGCUGAUUGGUAACGGCUGGAUCUCCCCUGCAGAUCAGUACCCAUCUUAUCUCAAAUUCGUCGAGAGAGAAGGCCUCGUGAAACCGGGAACAGCUCUCCAUGACAAGAUGAACUCCCUCAACAAAGUUUGUCUCUCAAAGUUGGAGGCCCCAGGCGCAGAGGACAGGCUGGAUCUACGCGAGUGCGAGUUUGUCUUGCAGCAGUUCCUUGACCUCACCACUGAGAACCAGCAGUGCUAUAACAUGUACGAUAUCCGCCUCAAGGACAAGGCCCUAUCCUGUGGCAUGAACUGGCCUCCUGACUUGGCAAACAUUGAGCCAUAUCUUCAACGACCGGACGUUGUCAAGGCUCUCAAUAUAAAUCCAGCGAAGAAGUCCGGCUGGACCGAAUGCUCCGGCAUGGUCCACCAGGCCUUCACCGCGAAGAAAUCCCUCCCCUCCGUCAACCUGCUCCCGGGCCUAAUUGAAUCCGGCAUCAACAUCCUUCUAUUUAGUGGCGACAAAGAUCUGAUUUGUAACCAUAUCGGAACGGAGACUCUGAUUCACAACAUGAAAUGGAAGGGCGGCAGCGGCUUCGAGACCUCGCCCGGUGUCUGGGCCCCGCGCCAUGACUGGUCUUUCGAAGACGAACCCGCUGGCAUCUACCAAUCCGCCCGUAAUCUAACCUACGUGCUUUUCUAUAACUCAAGCCACAUGGUUCCGUUCGAUAACCCCCGUCAGAGCCGCGACAUGCUCGACCGUUUCAUGAACGUCGACAUCGCCAGUAUCGGCGGCCAGCCUUCGGACUCCCGCAUCGAUGGGGAGAAAUUGCCGCAGACUGCUGUCGGAGGGCAGACUAAUAGCACCGCCCAUGAGAAGGACGAGAAGGAAAAGCUGAAGCAGACCGAGAUGCACGCCUAUACCAAGUCUGGCGAGGCCGUUCUCGUAAUUGUGAUUAUCGGUGUGCUUGUCUGGGGCUUCUUCAUCUGGCGCAAUCGUCGCAACUCUCGCGGGGGCUACAGAGAUGUCUCGGAUAAUGAUAUAGCGGAGAAUUCCUCCAUUCUCCACAGAUUCCAGCACAAGCGUUCCGGUCGUGAUGUCGAGACGGGUGACUUUGAUGAAUCUGAAUUGGAUCAGCUUCACUCCCCUGGUGUUGAGCACGACCAUUAUGCUGUGGGUGAGACGAGCGAUGAUGAUGAUCACCACGCUUUGCAUCCGGGGGCUGGAGAAACCCGCCCAUCUUCAUAG